GACACACUCUCUCUCUCUCCCUCUCUCUCUCGCCGUGGAGAAUUGAGAUCAACCAUUCUAGGGUUUCGUCGCCUAGAGCUCUCAAGGACAUCAAUGGCCACCGCAGCCGCCUCCGUUCCCGAAACCCUAGCCAUCGCCCGCCCCCGCCCCCGCUCCGGCCUUGGCAUUACCUCUUUGAGCAUAUCGUCCAUGGCGCCCGUUUCCUCUCUGCCCCGCCGCAGGGGAGUGGCUCUCGUCCCCGAAUUCAUGGGCCUGAGGAUCUCUCGCCGCCCAUCUAGGGUUUCAUCCGCGUCCGUUAGGGCAACGGCCAAAGUCGCUCGCCCUGGAGUGGUGUGUGAGGCUCAAGAGACCGCUAUAGAUAUUCCGGAUGUGACAAAAUCAACGUGGCAAUCACUUGUGUUGGAGUCCGAAACUGCAGUGCUCGUCGAGUUCUGGGCCCCAUGGUGCGGCCCCUGCCGCCUAAUGCACCCCGUCAUUGGGAAAUUGUCGAAGGCGUAUGAAGGAAAACUCAAGUGCUUUAAGCUCAACACCGACGAGAACCAAGAUGUCGCGACGAACUACGGAAUUCGAAGCAUCCCGACAAUGAUAAUAUUCAAGAACGGGGAGAGGAAAGACACGAUUAUUGGGGCUGUUCCGGAUGGCACCCUGGUGACAAGUAUCGAGAAGUUCUUGUAGAUCAAAUUUGGAGAAUUCUCCCGGUUUGUAGUUCUGUAUAUUUAUAUGUACAAUUUGACGCUCAUGUUGAUGUUGUUGUUUGCAGUUUCUGAGUUGUCUUGGAGAAUAAUAUGAUCUGAGUGGGUCUUUUCUGAUUAUGGUCUAAUUAAACUCAUUACAAUUUUACACAUAAUAAAUGCCAUGAUUCAAGCA